AUGAUAUUUGGAUGCUUUAUUACAUGGUUUGCUUGUAUCAGCACUAUUGUCUCAGCCAUAGAUUGGAACAGCGAGAUUAUUGCCAGUCCACAUGAGUUGUAUCUCGCUCAUAAAGAUCCAUUAUGGACUUAUUUUAAUAAGAAAUCUGAAAAUGUUUCUGUCUUUCAUUCGCAAGAGUAUAUGCAGAAACGUGUAGGAAAGUUUAAGGAUAUCGAUCAAGCCAGAAUAUUCAAUCAUAAUUAUCUGUCAUUGACAGCUUGGUUGAAAGAAUACGCAAAUAAAUAUCCAAACAUAACAUGGUUAUAUUCAAUUGGAGAAAGUGUUCAGAAUAGAACAUUAUGGGUGCUAGUAAUUUCGAAGAAUCCACGCAUACAUGUUCUUGGUAUUCCGGAAAUCAAAUAUGUCGCUAAUAUGCAUGGGAAUGAGGUUGUAGGACGUGAAGCGAUGCUUUAUCUCAUAGCGCUUUUAUGUGAAAAUUAUGGAAAGAAUAAAUAUUUGACAAAAUUAGUGAAUUCUACGCGAAUUCAUAUCAUGCCUUCGAUGAAUCCUGAUGGUUAUGAAAUGGGAAAUGAAGGUGAUAGUUCUGGAUAUAAUGGACGCUCAAAUGCUCAUGAAAUCGAUCUUAAUCGGAAUUUCCCAGCACGUUUUUCUUUUCAUCGGGAAAAAUCAGGUGGUGUAUAUCCCGAGAAAGAAACUUUGGCGGUAAUGAAAUGGUUCCAAGAAUAUCCGUUUGUAUUGUCUGCUAACUUUCACGGGGGUUCGCUAGUUGCUAACUAUCCAUAUGAUGAUUCUGAGACAGGACAAGAUAAUGUUUACUCACCAACGCCAGAUGAUCGCCUUUUUGUUGCUUUAGCAUUCACUUAUGCUCGCGCACACCCCAAAAUGUGGAAAACUGGACGAAGAUGUGGAUUAAAUAUCAAUGGCGAUGUUUUUUUGAAUGGUAUAACAAAUGGCGCAAAGUGGUAUCACCUGGCAGGAGGAAUGCAAGAUUGGCAAUAUUUGCAUACCAACUGUAUGGAAAUCACCAUUGAAAUGGGUUGUUAUAAAUUUCCUCCACCACAAAUGUUACCAUUAUUCUGGAAUGAACAUAAAUAUUCACUUCUUGCAUUCAUGGAGUAUGCACAUCGAGGACUAAGAGGAUUUGUUCUUGAUCAAAAAGGAAACGGUGUUAAAAAUGCUAAGGUCACUGUUAACGAAGGAAAAAGUAUCACAACAACCAGUGAAGGUGAAUUCUGGAGGAUUCUUUUGCCUGGUAUAUACACGAUAACGGUGAUUCAUCGUAAAUAUUUGCCAAAAGUUCUCAAUAUUACUGUUGAUGAAGGAGCUGCGAAAUACAUCAAUAUUACUUUAGAGCCGAAACUUUGCAAAGAAGUGUUUUACGGUAUCCAAGUGAGAGGUGAAGGUACAGUACGCAUUGCGGUAUUUGGUAUUGAUGCCAUCGGAGAAUCGAUUGUGCAGAAGCUAGCUAAUGCUACAUGCUUACCAGAUGAUUUGUUUAAUCAGGCUAUUCAGUAUUCCACUUUACAUCUGUUCUCUUCUUUCUCACCCUUGGAACAUGCUUUUUAUUUUAAGAAUCAUGAAAUGGAUGUUGUCUUAUUAUUUGGUCAAGGGCCUCCGAAGUCAACUAUUUUUAGUGCUGGAAUGAAUACUCCAUCAAGAUUUGAUCAAACAAGCUUUGAUAAAAGUUUGUUAAAUGCUUUUGACAAUAGCAAAAUAAUGAACUGCUCUAAUCGUAUGUUAGAUCGUAUGACGUCUUCGAUGGUUGAUAUGUUGAAUAUGAUGAAAACAUUUCAAAUAGGAAUCUCACUUGGUUGUGAUCUAUUAUCACCGCAGUUAACUCUUGCUACAGUUUUAAUUAACGCAUAUGCUAGCACGAAACAUUUUGGAAUUACUCAUGCUGGAAAAUCAUCUAUUGUUUCUUGGGACUUUUCUUCAACUCAGGAUAAAAGUGAUGGAAAUCCUAGCUUACAGUUUAUUGAAGAAAAAGGCUGUGCUUCGGUGGUUAAUAUUGGUUUAAUGAAGGCUGUCGUAUUUGGUGAUGGUCGUAUGCCGUAUAUACUUGUGAUGGCUAUUGAACAAAAGGCCGCGUCGGUUAUCUAUGAAAUAGCAGUAGAUUUUUGCUUGCUUUCUACUCAAAAUUCGGUUCUGCAAGAAGUGUUGACCACGUCAACAUUGAUUCUGAUCACGGAAAUGCCAUUUUUACAGCUAAAUUGUCAUGAUUAUUCUUCAUUUAAGCCAUUUGAGUCCUUUAUUAAACAAGUUUCGGAUAUCUAUCCUGUCAUCGAUAAUGUGAUCUUGUUAGGAACUGGUGGCAUGAAGAUACGUUACAAGGAUGCAUCGAAGCUAGGAAAAGCGAAAUUUUUAGCCUUAAAUUAUCUCUCAAUGCAUCCGUUGAUGAGAACAAAUAAAAUUGAUAUAUGCAACAGAAAUAAUUUAUCAGCUCUGCCUACUGUAAGUGAGUUUCACGAUGAAUCACAGUUGGAGAAAUGGCAGCGUAAAAUGGAUAUCUUAUUAGUGCAAAUGGCUUGCUGCGACUACAAUUAUGAAGCGGAACAUCUUUAUGAGAAUAAUAAAGCUCCCCUCGUUUCAACUUUUUCUAUGAUGAUACAAGGGAUUUCGGGUACUAUCAAAGGAGUUGAUGGUGAUUCAGUUAAAGUACCAGUAAAGUUAAAAAUUGGCAAUCUUAUAUAUAAUACAAAUGUUGAUGGUUAUUAUUAUGUUUGGCUACCUCCUGGAGUUUAUACUUUGCACGCAUUCAAAGAGGAUUAUCAGUCAUAUACUUUUUCUACUAAAAUUAUUCAGUCAAAACGAACAGUUCACGAUAUCUUCCUAAAGAGACCCUCUUUCACUCUUCUUUCACUCUUCAAAAAAAAUAAUUUUUUUAUUUUAUUGGUUGCAUUAUUUAUUUUGGGCUUUAUUCAUAUUGGAUUAUACCGAUUCAAUUUCUUGAAGAGAACAAGAAGUAGUCGGUGGGAAGAUGGUUUUGAACGCCUUCCUUUAAAUGAUUUCGAUUCCGAUGGUUCAGAUGAAGAUGUCAUCCUCACUUCCGCUGAAUCAUCUUUCCCAGAGCCUACUUAA